CUAGGAAGGGACAAACGAGGCCUCCUGCCACAGGGGCUCUUAUUCUGUGGAUGUCUCCCAACUGAAUGGAAGGAGGACCUUUCCCUUCAAGGGCCGCUUGCAAUUGUGGCUGUUUCCCUGCAAGGGAGGCGUCUCCUUGAGGGAGCAACCCCUUCAGGGUACUUUGGGCACGCAGAGAUUAAGAGAUCAGGCUGCUGGUUUGAGCUCCGAGGUUGGCAGCUUGGUUGCAGGCGUUUCGUCACCAUUCGAGGAGACAGCGUGAGAUCCCGGCUCCUCCAAACUUCUCUGGCAAAUCCCAGGAGGGGGCAGAAGUGGGGAAGGGCCGGGCUGUAUAAUUGCCAUAAUGCCCAAGGGUGGGCCUAGAAUAACAAGGGAGGCCUGGGGUCAAAGGUGGAUGAAGCGUCCUCGGUGUGGAGUCCCUGACAGAAUUGGGGCUCAGGUCAAAGCUAACAUGCGGCGGAAGCGAUACGCACUGACCGGACGGAGGUGGACGCAGAUGCACCUGACCUUCAGCAUCCAGAACCAUACGGAGAAACUGGGGCUCUUCCACUCCUACGAGGCCAUUCGCCAGGCUAUCCGUGUCUGGGACCAAGUCACCCCGCUGGCCUUCCAGGAGAUCCCCUACAGUGACAUCAGACAGAAGGGGAGAGCAGAGGCCGACAUCAUGGUGCUCUUUGCCUCGGGGUUCCAUGGGGACAGUUCCCCCUUUGACGGCACGGGGGGCUUUCUGGCACACGCCUAUUUUCCCGGUCCUGGAAUGGGAGGAGAUGCUCAUUUUGACUUGGACGAGCCCUGGACGCUGGACAAGAGGGACGUGUUGGGGAACAAUCUCUUCCUGGUGGCCAUCCAUGAGCUGGGCCAUUCACUAGGCCUGGAACACUCCAAUAACCCGAGUGCCAUUAUGGCUCCCUUCUACCAGUGGAUGGACACGGACAACUUCCGGUUGCCAGACGAUGACCUUCGGGGCAUCCAGCAGCUGUAUGGGACGCCAGGACAGCAGCCCACCAAGUCCCUGCCAACUGUGGGACCCCGGAAGCCGGACCAGAGGCCCCCAGACAAGCCAAACCGCCCCCCCCAGCCCGGCCCCCCUGACCAGCUUGAGCCCAACAUCUGUGAUGGCGACUUUGACACGGUGACUGUUCUGCGUGGAGAGAUGUUUGUCUUCAAGGUGCUCCUCUUUGCGUUGCUUCUCAUGGAGGUUUCAGGGGCUUCUGUGGUGGGGACAGCUGAUCCCGAGGUGCAGGUCGAUGGUUCUGGAGGGCUUGCCUGGGCUUUGGCGAGCAGGUUGCCCCCUCAGCCCCGCAGAGCCCUUUCCCAAGAGCAGAGGCACGCUUGCUUGGGCAUCCUGUGGGCGCAGGAGCUGGUAUUUGCUUGCCUGGUUCCUGGCCCCAAAUGACACCAUCCCAGAUGCCAGCUGAAGAAGGCUGGUCAGGCCUGAGGCCCAGCCUGGUCCAUCCCUUACGUCCCUCACAGUCACCAACCAGUUUCUUUAGGUACCUGCAAGGAGGAGACCUUGUAACCCCCGCUCGUGUCUUCCGGGGGGCCUUCACUCAGCAGUGACAUUGAGAUUCAAGUCCAUCCAUUCUUGGCCAAUCAAGAACCGGCCAUCAUCACAUCUGCUAGGAAUGAAUUAUCCGGAACGGCUUCAGCUGAAAAAGACUGCUGGGAUGAAGUCAGGCUCCGUGGGGGGGGCUUCUUUUCCCUGCAGGAAGGCCCCCUCUCAUGCCCCUGUCGGAAUCUGAUUCCGAGGGGGAGGCCGAGCAGCUGACAGGGAGUGGGAGUGUGGCUCC